AUGGAAGAGCCCUCCGGGCCAUCCAGAACCAGAUACGAGACAUUGUACUCGCGUCGUGUCCGCGAACGUAUAACCGCCGCCUCAAAACCACCUACAGUGAACAAAGUACUCACUAAUUUGGUGAAAGACACCAACUCAAAUCAGACGGCCACAGAGAAUCAAGCCACCCCAGAACAUCAGAAUCCUAUUCCAGACAGCCAUCAAAUUUCGGUACAAACAGCAGAGAAAUAUGAAACUGCAGAAAAUGAGCAAAAAAAGUAUAGAGAACAAGAGACUCGAAAGUUUGGAGAAAGCGGCUUACAGUCGAAGCAGCCGCCGAGCGAUUCCACUCAUGACGAAAUCAACGAUUUGCAGUCAUCGCAAUAUAGUUUCGACGGACCAAGAGCCGAUGCCAACAAUGAAAGUAUGGAGAAACCUAUAAAGACUCUUGAGUGCUCUCACAGUGGAUCUAGUAGCCCUAACACAGAUAAUUCGUUCGAAUUUCACAUCGAUGAACACGAUUCUGACACCGACACCCCCGACACAAUUAAAAAUUAA